UCGCUUGUAGCGUGAGGAUGACGAUGAGUAGAUCUUCCCCGGGUAUCACCCAGGUGCUCCACCUAAUGCUCGCCCUGACCGCCACCAAGGCCAACGUCGGCGAGGGUCCGGGCGCCAGCCGGGGUCCCGGCUCGCCCCCUCCCAGCCCAAAGCUGCUGAUCGGUUUCCAGGCUCCUUGGAACUCAUCGUUCCCCUUCAGUGCCCAGCGGCUGGGGUCUGCCAUCCAGAUCGCCAUAGACAAGGUGAACGGCAACCCCUCCUUCCUGGGCAACUACACCUUGAGCUUCGUCUACAUGGACACGGCCUGCAGCCCUAAGCUGUCUUUAGGGGCCUUCAUUCAGCAGGUGUGGCGGGACAACGUGUCUGCCGUCUUUGGCCCAGCGUGUCCCGAAGAAGCUGAGGUGACGGGCCUGAUCGCGUCCACGUGGAGCAUCCCCAUGUUCGGAUUCGUGGGCCAGUCGUCCAAGAUGGACAACGCCGACGUGUACGACUCGUACGUGAACGUGGUGCCGCCGCUCAAGAGGAGCUCCGAGGUGCUGGUGAAGACCUUGGAGUUCUUCGGGUGGACGCAUGUGGCCAUGAUCGGCGGUGGUCUGGACUCCAACACGUGGGACAAAGUGGACGCGUUGUGGAAAACGGUGGACACGGCGUUGAGGUCAAGGUUCAAGUUGACGGCCGCCGUCAAGUUCGACACCAGCGACCCACGUCUGGUUUACCGCAACGUCAAGUACAUCGCCACAGUGGCUAGAGUGAUCGUGGUCCUGGCCAACAAGGAGGACUCUCUGACGCUGCUGCUGGAGGCCGAGCGCCAGGGCCUGAUGGGCGGCGACAACGUCUUCUUCCUGGUGCAACAUUUUGAGGUCAGUGGCGGCGUGGACAACGUGUGGAAAUACUCAAUGGACGGCCAAAUGAACCGAGCGGCCCUCCGAGCCUUUGACAUGACCUUCAUCAUCGGCCAGAAGUCGUAUGACGGCUACGACUACUACGACUUCUUUGAGCAGGUGUUCGAAAGACUCCGAGGACCGCCAUUCCACAGCAACCUGACGUCCGAGAGAGAGGUGAGCACCUACUCGGCCUACUUGCACGACGCUGUGCUGCUCUACGCCAUGGCCUUGAAGGAGGUCCUGAAAGACAGCGAGGAUCCUCACGACGGACGUCAGGUUCUGCAGAAACUGAAAAACAAGAAUGGCAUUCGCUUCUACGGAGCUUCCGGACUGGUCCACUUUGACGAGGACGGGGAGAGAAACCUGGACUAUUCCAUUUACGACCUGCAGUAUAGCAGGGAUGAUGCCACGUUUGUCCCAGUCCUUCAUUUUGACAGCCACAGCAAAAGCAUCCGGCCGACGCCCAUGUUCGCCGCAGUGACCUGGCCCAAAGGAAGACCCCCGUCCGACAACCCCGAAUGUGGCUUCAACAAUGAGCUGUGCGAAUGGCUGAGUACCGACAUCGUCCUGCUGGCUCUGCUGGUCACCUUCCCCGUCAUCGGCGUGUUGGCCGUGCUGGGCAUCGGCGUCCUGGUGCUUCAGAAGCUGCGCCUCCAGGCCAGCCUGGAGGACUCGCGCUGGUGGCUCAUCGACUACGGCGACAUCACAAUCAUCAGGGAGGCGUCGGUACGACCCUUCGUGGGACUGCAGUGUGUCGCGAAUGUAGUAUGUCGUGUGCGUCUGUUUUGUGCGAUCCCCAUGCAGCACGUGCACGCCGUGUCGCUGAGCACCACCAGGAGUCCGAGUGGCAGCGGAGGCUCGUACUCCACCUUGUCCGCCAACAGCUACGGCUUCAAAGACAAAAUGGGCAAAGAGCACAUCUACGUCACCAUUGGCCUCUACCAGGGUAAUUACGUGGCCAUCAAGUACAUCAAGAAGGACGUUCGUGAGAACCUCCACAGGGCCUCCGUCCUCGUCGAGUUCAACGUGAUGAGGGAGAUGAAGCACGAGAACCUGUUGCAGUUCUUCGGCGCAUGUGUGGAGCCGCCCAACGUCUGUCUGGUGACGCAGUACUGCAGGAAGGGCAGCCUGAAGGAUGUUUUGAAGGCUUCCGACGUGGAGUUGGACGGGAUGUUCAAGCUUUCCUUCGCUUACGACAUCGUCAACGGAAUGGACUUCAUCCACAAGAGCAGCCUCAAGUUCCACGGCAACCUGAAGACCAGCACCUGCAUGGUGGACAGCCGGCUGCAGGUCAAACUAUCCGGGUUUGGACUGUGGGAGUUUAAGUACAGCAGUAAAGGCAACAGUGACCUGACAGGAACUCCCAAAUAUGAAGGGUUUUUCUGGACAGCGCCGGAGCUUUUGAGAAAAGUCAACCCCUCGAUCACUGGGACCCCCAAAGGGGACAUCUACAGUUUUGCAAUCAUCCUGUGGGAGCUCAUGUACAACUCCAAGAGCGGGCCGUACCAUGAGGUCAACAUAGAGCCCAAAGAGAUAAUCGCGAGGCUGCGGGGGCCCUCCCGCGGGGAGCCCCUCAGACCGCCCCUUUCUGACCUGUGCGACGAAAGCAUCAACUCGUUGCUCAGGGUCUGCUGGAACGAAAACCCCGACCACCGACCGCCGUUUCGGUCCAUUCUGAGACAGCUGAAGGAAACCAGCCCAGAAAGCCAUGCAAACAUUCUGGACAACAUGGUGGAGAAGCUCGAAAAAUAUGCCAAUCACCUGGAGGUGGUGGUGCAGGAGAGAACCAAUCAACUGGUCGCCGAGAAGUUUCGCUCAGACAAGCUUCUCUCCAGCAUGUUGCCGAGGUACAUCGCUGACGAACUGAUGGCAGGGAAGACGGUGGAGCCUCGCAGCUACGACGUGGUGAGCAUCUUCUUCUCUGACAUCGUGGGCUUCACCUCCAUGUGCGCCAUCAGCUCAGCCAUGGAGGUGAUCACGUUCCUCAAUGACCUCUACAGCCUCUUUGAUGACAUCAUCAGGAUGUAUGACGUCUACAAGGUGGAGACCAUCGGUGACGCCUACAUGGUGGCCAGCGGUCUGCCCAUCGCUAACGGCCAACAGCACGCCGUGGAGAUCGCCACCAUGGCUCUCCACUUCUUGAGCGCCAUCAAGCGCUUCCGGAUACGCCACAUGCCCUCCGAGAGCCUGGCCAUCCGCAUCGGCGCCCACUCGGGUCCGGUGGUCGCCGGCGUGGUCGGAAGCACAAUGCCUCGCUACUGUUUAUUUGGUGACACGGUCAACAUGGCCUCUCGCAUGGAGAGCAACAGCUUACCCUUGAAGAUUCACAUUUCUCAGUGCACUGCUGACAUUCUGACUCAGGUGGGGUCAUUCGAGCUGGAGGAAAGGGGACAAAUCGAAAUGAAGGGCAAAGGCUACCAUAAGACCUACUGGCUGUUGAGCAAACAGGGUUUCAACCCUCCUUUACUGGCUCCCCACAGCCCUGCACGGACGGACGCAUGCCUCCAGCUGGCAAAAGAGAAAAAGGGAGUGUGCAGAGCUGCAGAUAAAUGGGCAACAAAACCUGCUGGCGAGGACACCGCUGUGCCUUUAGUUGACAAUUAGUUUACCUGUGACAACAAAUAAGAUUGAUGUUGUUUUAUUAUUUAUUUAUUGAUGCCUUUCAUGUGGACCUCGCUCUAAACAAAAGGCACAAGAAUCCAAGUCAGGGUUUUAAAGUCCCUAUGUGCAAGUGAAAUAAGACAUGAGAUUAUCAGUUCACAACUGAUCCUACUAAACUUAAUUCAGCAAAUUAAUCACAAUUCUUAGUCCACCUGAUUCCUGGCUGACUUCAUAUGUUAUCAAAUAUAGAAUAAUAAAAAAAAUGUAAGGGUCUUGUAGGGAGUGCAUACAGCUACUAGACGCUAAUCAUUUAAGCAACGUCCAUAUUUAUUACACGUUGGGAGUGUAUGCAG